UCCUUGGCUUCUUUCCUUUGGGGGGUUUUCUCUCUCCCUCUUUCCGUGUGUGUUGAACCUGUCAAGCCGGCAUUUAACCAUUUCAUACUUCCGAAAACGCGAAAGUUCUCUCUUUUGGGCACCUUCCGCCUCCCUCCUUCCCUCCUGCCGAAUCAUUCUAUACUCUCGACUCCCAAGCAAGCUCCUUUUUUGUCAAGGAGUUUGGCCCCAAUUCGCUUCGACCCGCGACGAUUUACGCAGUCUCCGAGGAUCGGGCGGCCGAAAGAUGAAUCCUUUGCGAGUUUGACGAGGUGGGUCGAUCCGAAUUCCGAUCCUUUUUCCGUGUUCGAUCCGGGUUCCGGAGCUUUUUUCGUGUAGAUCAUCGGGUUCUUCGAAUAUUGUUGUUCUUGCUUUUUUCCGGGGUUCGGGGGUGCAAUUUGAGAUGGUCUAUCUCCCUAGCUCGCACUCAGCUAAGCUCGUUGACCAGUUGGCGCUCAUGGCGAGUUCUGCGAACUCGGUCGAUUCGUUCCUCAAGACGAGGAUGAGCAGGGCUGGUUACCUCUCCCAGAGGAACAGGAGAUUGCUCAAUUCGGCGGCGAGCCGCUCGAAUUCGCCGUCGUCCUGCCGCCGCCAUGGAUCUCGAUCGGCUGCCGUCGAUGUCGUCAUCCUGAUUGCCGUCGUCGGUGCUUGCGGGUUUCUCCUGUUCCCGUAUGCCAAGUUCAUAGCCGUUCAGCUGAUCGAAAACGUGGGCCCGGUCACGAGCGUGAUCAAGGAGGAGUUUUCUGAGGCUCCGUUGAUUUAUGGAUCGAUAGGACUCAGCGUGUGCUUCGCCGCUUGCGCUAUGUUGGCGCUGGUGGCGUGUUUGGAUCGGAAAUGUGGGAACCCGAAUUGCAGGGGACUGAGGAAGGCGGCCGAGUUCGAUAUUCAGCUGGAGACGGAGGAGUGCGUUAAGAAUUCGACUCCGAAGGAAGAUUCUGAGAGGUUGCUGUUCGAAUUGCCAACUAACCAGCACCGAGAACUCGAAGCGGAAUUGAAGAAGAUGGCGCCGCCGAAUGGGAGGGCUGUUCUUGUUUUCAGAGCGAGGUGCGGGUGUUCUGUCGGUAGAUUGGAAGUUCCGGGGCCGAAGAAGCAGCCGCGAAAGAUCAAGAAAUAGGAGGGUUUGGUUUGGGUUGGGGAAACUACAUAGCACAAAGUAAUCAUAACAGAAAGAAAGGAGCUUUUAUGAUCAGCCUUGUAUGAAUAAUAAUUUGCGAAUAUUUAUCUCACCGCAAAUACUUGUGAGGAUUAUAUACCCCUAAUCAUUACGCUUUCUUCCAUCAGCUUAUCUGAGAACACAGCCACUUAUCGGUUGAUUUGCCUUUUUGUGACCAAAAAGGUUCCUUUCUUUUGAUGGCCCUCACAGGUAGUGCCUUAAUAAUCUAUGUGCAACUUAUCAU